CGAUGCAGGCGCACUAGGUCUUCUGACAUCCAGGACCUGAGGCGAUGAGCACUCUCCGUCCCGCUCUUCCUUCCGAGGUUAUCCACGCCAUAGUCUCGACGACGAUUGCUCGUUACGUUGAUGAUCUCAUUUUCGGGUCUUUGUCUACAGCCAACACGGAGACAGAGCCCAUAGAUCAGACCUCGAAUCCCGUGACGUCCUUGCUGGCCGUCUCGUACCAGUUUCGUCAAGUCACCCUGAAUGUCCUGUCCAAGGCAUUCGCUCUCCCCUUAUGCAAGGAAGGCUUAUGGCGGUUAGAACAAAAGCCUUGGACGAAGAUCAAGUCCGUUCGACGGUCCUGGACAUGGGGUCCCACUCCCGAGUCCCACAGAUCGCAGCUAGCGGAGCUGCUUGGACGCAUGGGAACUCCAGAAUCUCCUGUUUUGUGCGUAUACCUGGCCAUUCACGCUAUCAACCAGCUGGCCCUUCAUCAAGAUCUCCGAUCCCCUGCGCUGCGAGGCGGGCAUUUUGGUGUUAUCGGCAUCUUGCUACUCUUCAGAUCAGAACUCAAUCAUCAAUAUGCCAAGUGUCCUCCGGCUUUCCAAGAGGUGCUAUUCCCGCGACUGGAAGCCUGCUCCCUUAGGAACGACAUCUCUAGGUUCUACGAAGCGUCCGUAAAAUGGAUAGCGAAUACCUGGAACAGAUUGAAGCAAUAUGCUCCCUACGUCGUCGCCAACGAAGCCACGGUCGAGCUACUAGAGCUCUUCGAUUCAAUCCUUCGAGAUGCUACUGUGAUGGUAUUCAAGGUGCAGGAUAUAGAUAAGCUACUGCUGCGCUCUUGGUCUUAUUCCAUCCCUGCGGAUACUGCUAUUGGAGUAGAACGGUUGACUACCUGGCAUGCCCUAUUCGAUGAGAUCGCCAAUUGGGAUGGCCCUGGCGCAAGUCUGCCAGCGCUUCAAGGGGCGGCAAAGGAGCUGCGGGACAAUUACCGAGUACGACUCGAUGGCCUUGGGGCGCCUCAGGCCUCGCACCCUGAUGCGCAGGCCAUCGAUGCCGCGAAUCAGUAGUGUACGCGACGCGCACCGUUAGUCAUAGGUCGUGUAUCACUAUCGAAGGUCGUUAUGUGGGAAAUCGCCUGGUUGUCUUGGUCCCUCACGUUCCAAAUACUUGUAUCUACUUAUCUGCUUUGUAGCCUCGCAAAA